AUGCUGUUCCCAAAAGCUCUUCUCUUCGCUGCUGCUGUCACUGCUUGGACCAUCCCUGAGGACAUUGGCGACGGCAUUUACACAGUUUCUACCAAUGACCAGGGUGAGACAGUCCACAAUUUUGUGGCCAACCUCACAGCUGUACCUGAUGCCGGGCCCAAGAGCGCCAAAUUCCGCCGCCAGGGUCUCAGUGGUGCAAACAACAUUCAGUGUUUUUAUGAUAACCUGAACCACGCUGAUACGGAUGCUGUUAACGUCAAUAUUGAUAACCAAUGCGGUAGUGGAGGCGUGCUUCAAGGUGACGGUUCGGAGAAUGGACGGGAUUUCUAUGCCGUUCAGAACGAUGUCGUGUCCUAUGUUUGCAAUUUGUCUGGUAACAAAAACAACUGCUAUGCAAGUGAGCGACAGGCCGCCGAUCGCUUGAUCACUGCCGAUUGCGGGUGGUAUGCUUCUGGUGAAGAUAACGCGCCUGAUCGUAGCAUUGUUUACGGCUAUCAACCCAGAGAUUCUGAUUUCUGUGGACGUGGAAUCAACGGAAAGUAA